AUAAAAAACCUUAACUUGCAAACAUACACUAAUAUUUUAACAUCAAGACAUUACAAAAAAAAAAAAAAAAUCUUAUAUAUAUAAAGAAAACAUAAAGACAAGUAUCAGUUAUCAGCUUGCACGAAUAAUAGCCAUGUCUCGUGUCCUCCUUUUGUUCAUCUUUUCUUUGUCGGUUUUGGUUGGAUCAAUCAAUGGACGAUCAUGUGGAUCAUCGACGCCCACUUCAGAGGAUAUGUACCAAAAACAGAUGGAAAGAGCCGACGAAUCAGCAGAUCGAAUGGGAAGGAUUGGUUUGGAGUGUGAACCCCAAGGGUACACAGGUGGUUCAGGCAACACGAACUACUCUGUUGGUGCUACCAUUCUCGGGUUCUUCAUUCUUUUCUUUAUUUUUGGUGCCCCCAUUGUGAUCUGUCUCGCCUGUAUCCGGAGGCAAAAGGCUAUAAACGCAGCCAAUCUCAAUAAUGUUUCUAGUCAAGUGGUGGGAGCUCAUGUGGCUCAUGGAACUGAUCUCAAGUCAUAUCCGGGAACCAACACCGUCCAAAAGGGAGAUCCCAAUUACCAAGUUUGAUCCAUCACAAGUAUGGAUAAACGACAUUUUUCGUUUAUCAUGCUAAUUGUGUGUUUACAUGCUACAUAAUUUUUUUUUGGUUUGGUUGAAUUUUAUCUCGUCAGUCUAUUUUGUUUGCAUUGUUUUCUAUAUAAGAAUAAAUUGGAGGUUUUUUUUUUUUAAUUUUGGUCUCAAAAUUAAUCAACCAAAAAAACUACAAACCCCCAUGGAGAAAACAAUGCGUUUAAUCACUUCAAGGCGAUAUCAAAUUAUCAACCAUGAUAAAAAGAAACAAAUUUUCAAUUCACACGAAGCAACAAAGAUAUAUACAUUCUUAGGUUAACUCAAAACUUGGAAGAAAGACAAUUCUACUACAAGCUAAUUAACUAUUACAAUAUGGAAGUCACUGAUUGGCGAAAAAAAAAAAAUUCACUGAUUUUAUUCAUGAGCUAUAUAUGUCUUAGUUAUAAGGUAAGGGUAAGAGAAAUAAACUAGGAGUGAUUUGUCCAAAAAAAAAAAAAAAACUAAU